GAGGACUUUUAUCUUCUCAAUCGCAGUCUCAGAGCUUUUAUUUUAAACCAGACAGCGCGAGCUACCUGCACGUCAGCGUUCGCUCACACGCAUGCGCAGUACGUGCACUUCCUAUUGUCACUAUUUGUAGUAUUUGUGCUUCUCCAUGUCGCUUGAAAUUAUUGUAUUGUUUGCCUCUGCUCACAUCUCGUUACUUCAUGCUUACUUUCCUUUUCUCCGCCGUUUUCUGCGCCACAUACCUGUCUCCGAUCAUCAGUCAUGUUAAAGGCAGAGAUUUUACUGAACAGGAAAUGUCCCAUUACAGGGACAGAAUAAAGUCCAUGUUUUAUCAUGCAUACAACAGCUACUUGGAAAAUGCAUAUCCCUAUGAUGAGUUGAGGCCGCUGACAUGUGAUGGACAGGACACAUGGGGCAGUUUCUCCCUCACACUCAUUGAUGCUCUGGACACAUUGCUGAUAUUGGGAAACCACACAGAGUUCCAGCGCGUGGCCACUCUGCUCCAGGACACGGUGGAUUUCGACAUUGAUGUAAAUGCGUCUGUGUUUGAGACGAAUAUACGAGUGGUCGGUGGGCUCCUCUCGGCUCAUCUGCUCUCCAAGCGUGCCGGGAUGGAGGUGGAGGAGGGCUGGCCCUGCUCCGGACCCCUCCUGCGCAUGGCAGAGGACGCUGCCCGCAAACUGCUGCCUGCUUUCCAGACCCCCACAGGGAUGCCAUAUGGCACGGUGAACCUGCUGAGGGGGGUGAACCCCAGCGAGACCCCGGUCACCUGCACUGCUGGAGUGGGCACCUUCAUCCUGGAGUUCUCCACCCUCAGCCGUCUGACUGGAGACCCUGUGUUUGAGAACGUGGCUCGCAAAGCUCUCAGGGCCUUGUGGAGGACACGCUCAGAUAUCGGCCUGGUGGGCAACCAUAUAGAUGUCAUAACCUCUAAGUGGGUGGCUCAGGACGCAGGGAUCGGGGCGGGAGUGGACUCGUACUUCGAGUAUCUGGUAAAGGGGGCCAUCAUGCUGCAAGAUGAGGAGCUGCUGGCAAUGUUUCACGAAUUUGAUAAGUCCAUAAAGAACUACACUAAGUUUGAUGAUUGGUAUCUGUGGGUGCAGAUGCAUAAGGGAACAGUAUCAAUGCCUGUGUUUCAGUCUCUGGAGGCGUUCUGGCCUGGACUGCAGAGUUUGAUAGGUGAUAUUUCCAGUGCCACAAAGACCUUCCAUAACUACUACAGUGUGUGGCGUCAGUUUUAUGUUGAUGAACAUGAAUAUUCAUGAAUAAACACACUAUAAACAGACAACAAAUGUGACUAACCACUCAGUGUGUGUUUGUGUUGUACAGAGUUGAUCGAGAGCGCCAUGUAUCUGUAUAAGGCCACCGGUGACCCUACAUUCAUGCAGCUUGGCCGGGAUGCAGUCGAGUCGAUUGACAAAAUCAGCCGGGUGAACUGUGGCUUUGCCACUGUGAAGGAUGUAAGGGACCACAAGUUGGACAACCGCAUGGAGUCCUUCUUCUUGGCCGAGACCAUUAAAUACCUCUACCUCCUCUUCGAUCCUGAAAACUUCCUUCAUAACUCGGGCACAGAGUUCGAGCUGGGCGGCCUGCAGGGCGACUGUAUACUCAGCGCGGGCGGCUAUGUGUUUAACACAGAGGCUCAUCCGCUCGACCCCGCCGCGCUCCACUGCUGCAGCCGAUACCAGAGCGAGCGCAGGGAACUACAGGACAUACUCAUCAGCCUCUCAGAACCACUCAGGCCUGCGACGGACCAAUCAGAGGAGACGCCAGGCGCCGGCGGCUCACGAGAGAGCAUUGCACUGAAGCCGGGAGAGAGGAGGAAAGCUCGGGUGCUCUCCUGCCCCACACAGCCCUUCAGUGCCAAACUGGCUGUCAUGGGUCAAGUCUUCUCUGACAACUCUUGAACGGACUUUCUCGCUGUCAACGGUGUGUAAAGAUGUAGAUUAUGUUUGUAAUUUAACUUCGGAGAGAUUAAAUGUUUUCUAAAUAUGUGUGGAUUUUUUUCCACUCUUUUUAUUAAAAACGUUUUAGAUGACAAAAGUGUUGGCGUUCAGUACGAUCAUUUUAUCAAAGCGUUUUCAUUUGGUACUCCUCAAAAAAUGAAAGUGUUUUACAAACACUGCACAUAUCCCCUCAUUCAUUCGGUCAAACGAUGAAGGGAAUAAAGAAUAAAAACGAUCCGCUUAAUAGGCCACACAAGACCAAACAGCGCUGCUUAACUGAGAUUUUAAUACUAAUUCUACUGUAAUGCUAAUCAGUCUAAAAAGCGUAUUUUCUCUUCACGUGAGAAAGCAAAUGAGAGCCAGAGAGCAAAAGUUUGUAUGAACGUGCCCUCAAACUCUUGCCCAUUUUCUAUGCCAGCAUAAAGUGAGAAUGGCACGACUGUAGCUCCGGACAAAGCCUUUAUUCUUUUGGGCUGGGAUUAGCGGAUUCAGAGCUGCUUUAACGUCCUUUGAGGCAAAUAAACAAAUUGACCUGGGUUAUUAGCAAUUUCACAGUACACAUUAUCUUAGCAGCUCUAAUAUCUCAGGUAUUUCCAGAUGAUUAUGGUUAUGAGUUAUUCAAUAGCAUGUUCUGUUGUUCUGUUCACCAUGAUUAGUGUUACAGGUCAAAUGAUGCAGCUUUGUGCUGCACGAAGUCUCUUCUGCUCACCAAGGCUGUAUUUAUUUAGUC